GAGAGACUCUUUGACCCUGCAUGAACACAUAUGCACGUGGUAGCCUCACCUGAGCGCCCCACGUGUAUUUCAACAUCGGUCUAGGGUUAACCCUUUCGGGAGCAGCACUGAUAAUUCUAUACGUAGCUAUGUGUGCCUUACAGCCACAGAGUAAGUUUCAAGAGUCGUAACCCGAAAACAAAGAUGUCGACUGCUAACCAACAGAACUUGUGGGGACAUCCGGUUCUACGUCACCUCCUACACAUACAGGAGUCGGCCAAGACCCAAGGGGCUAGCGAGGACCUCCAGAUACAAAUACAGACUGCCAUAGACUGUAUCUUUGCAAAGGAUGAUUACUGUGAAUCAAUCUCCAGUCCCACCAGUGACGCGAUUGAAAACCUCAUCACAGAAACGGAGAAACACCCAUGGCAGCAGGUACACGAGGAAGGCAAGAUAGAAUGGAGGGUCUCGCCUGGAAUGCUGUCUGGUGCACUGGAGGGUACGUUCCUAAAAAUGCUCGCUGCCAUGUCUAACGCCAAGCGAGUCCUCGAAGUCGGUCUUUUUACCGGAUGUGGCGCACUUGCCAUGGCGGAAGCGCUUCCGGCUGACGGGAAAGUUGUCACCUUAGAGUUAACAGGAUAUGUUGGAGAUUUAGCAAGGAAACUAGUUGACCAAUCAUCACACGGAAAGAAAAUCGACAUAAUGAUUGGUCCAGCUGCAGAUAGCAUCCAACAGCUGGCUAAAGAAAAACAACAGUUCGACAUGGUCUUCAUUGACGCCAACAAAGAAGGUUACAUACACUAUUACAAGAUAAUCAUGGACAACGACAUGCUGACUCCCCGGGGUACCAUACUGAUAGACAAUGCCCUAUUCGGGGGUCAGUCCUAUCUACCCAAGGACAAGCUUCAGCUUCCUAAAGGUCGCACCUAUGCGGGGACCGUGAUGCGAGAUUUUAACGACUAUGUCAACCAAGAUAAUAGAGUCUCCCAGGUGAUGGUGCCCAUUCGUGACGGGGUCAUGAUCAUAAGACGAAAGGAGGCGUUCGAGGGGGAGGCCUAGUCUUCGAGGGAUCAGUAAUACACGAUAUACUCGGGAACAAAAAGCUAAAUAUGAGCUGACGAACGAUAUCAAUCAUAAGCAGACAUCAAUUCGUGAUUGACUUCCGAUAAUGCAAGAUAGCAAAAUCCAACUGAAGCUGCAAACAGCACAAAGAUGGGUACUGAGUAGCGCCAACGUACAAAAUGUAUGUGCUAAGGUUUCAAUGACGCCAGCAUACAAACAGAAUGUGAUCCGGCAAGCUUACAGACAAUUUGUUAUCAAUUAAACUUAUAUACCAAUUUAUCA